GCCAUGAGGGGGGCCUGGGCCGCGCCCUGCCGGCUGCUGCCUCUGCUGUUGCUGCUGUUCCACUGGACAAGUGCCAAGGGCAGCACUGGGCCCCUGCAGUGCUAUGGUGUUGGACCCUUAGGCGACUUGAACUGCUCAUGGGAGUCUCUUGGAGACCUGGGAGCACCCUCCACCCUGCACCUCCAGAGCCAGAAGUAUCAUUCCAACAGAACCUGGACUGUGGCAGUGCCUGCUGGUCAGAGCUGGGUGACCAUCCCAAGGGAACAGUUCACCACAUCUGAUGAACUCCUUAUCUGGGGGACCAAGGCCAGCCAGCCUCUCUGGCUCCCAGUAUUCGUGAAUCUGGAGACACAAAUGAAGCCAGAAGCCCCCCAACUGGACCCUGAUGUGGACUUUUCAGAGGAUGACUCCCUGGAGGCCACUAUCCAAUGGUCCCCACCUGCCUGGCCACCCCAUAAGGUCCUGGUCUGCCAGUUCCACUACCGAAGAUGCCAGCAGAUGGCUUGGACCCUGCUGGAAAGAGAACUGAAGUCCAUACCCCUGGCCCCUGUUGAGAUCCAGGACCUAGAGCUAGCCACUGGCUAUGAGGUGUCUGGCCGCUGCCGAAUGGAGAAAGAAGAAAAUCUGUGGGGCGAGUGGAGUCCCAUUCUGUCCUUCCAGACACUGCCCUCUGCUCCAAAAGAUGUCUGGAUAUCGGGGAACCUCUGUGGGACACAAAAUGGACAGAAAUCCCUGCUUCUGUGGAAGGCCCCAGGGCACUGUGUGCAGGUGAGCUAUAGACUCUGGUUCCAAGUAAAAGGUCAGGAGCUGAUCCUCCAGGAGGCUCCCUGCUGUAGCUUCUCCAUCCCAACCCAGGCAGAGUGGGUUGCUGUGUCUGCCAUCAAUGCCACAAGCUGGGAGCCUCUCACCAACCUUUCUCUCGUCUGCUUGGGUUCAGACUCUGCCCCCCAUGGCGUGGUGGUCAGCAGCAUUGCUGGGAGCACGGAGCUGCUGGUGACUUGGCAACAGGGGUCCGGGGAGCCGCAGGAGCAUGUAGUGGACUGGGCUCAAGACGGGGCGCCCCUGGAGAACCUCAAAUGGGUCCGGCUUCCCCCUGGGAACCUCAGUGCUCUGUUGCCAGGGAAUUUUGAAGGAGGGGUGCCCUACCGAAUCACAGUGACUGCGGUCUCUCCAGAGGGCUUGUAUCCUGCCCCCUCAGUCUGGAGGUUCAGAGAGGAGCUAGCACCUUUAGUGGGGCCAGCGCUUUGGCGACUCCAGGAUGUCCCCCCAGGAACCCCCACCAUAGCGUGGGGAGAAGUCCCAAGGCACCAACUUCGGGGCCAUCUCACCCACUACACUUUGUGUGCACAGAGUGGGACCAGGCCUUCUGUCUGCAUGAAUGUGAGUGGCAGCGUCCAGAAAAUCACCCUGCCCAACCUUCCCUGGAGUCCCUGUGAGCUGUGGAUGAUGGCGUCCACAAUAGCAGGACAGGGCCCACCUGGUCCCAGCCUCUGGCUUCAUCUACCAGAUAAUACCCUAAAGUUGGACAUUCUGUCAGGUAUCCUUCUCCUGUGGGGCUUGAUCCUGAUGGGCUGUUGCAUGAGCCUAGCCACUUCUAGAAGGUGCCUCCACCUAUGGUACAAGGUACUGCCCCAUUGGGUCUGGGAGAAGGUCCCCGAUCCUGCCAACAGUAAUUCUAGCCCGCCCCAUGUAGAGGAGGUACCCCAGGCCCAGCCCCCAGGGGACUUGCCUAUCCUGGAAGUGGAGGAGAUGGAGCUGCUACCAGUUACAGAACCCCUCCAGACCUCCCCCCGGCUUGAUUCUGGGUAUGAGAAACACUUCCUGCCCACACCUGAGGAGCUGGGCCUUGUGGGGCCCCUGUCCUCAGGGCCCAGGUUUUGGCCUGAACUGAUUCCAGGCCAGGAGAGGAGUGCUUAUUUGACAGCUGAAGACAGACUCAGGGAGACUGAGCCACUUGCCUGAGGAUACCCAGCCAGAAAGAGCUGAGAUUGAAAGACUCCUACAGAGAAGGGCCUGGCCAUAUAGGGAAUGUAUGGAUAGAUGAGGGAACAAAGGAAAAUACACAAAAUCGAGAGUGGCAGUCACCUCCCCAAAUCUGUCCUGCUGCUGUAACAGAACUGUAACUGGGUGCACUCCCAGCCUCCCUUGCAGCUAGGUGUGGCCAUGUAUGGAGUUCUCACCAGUGUAAUGUGAGUAGAAUUGACUUGUGCCAAAGCUGGUGCUGGAUGGGGCUCCCUCAUAUUCUCUUCCCUUUUCCAUGAGCUGGAAAAAUGUCAGUGUGCCCAUAAUUUAGCUCUAGCCAGACCCAAGGGAAGGGUGGGAACAAGAAAUGGAAAGGAACUUGAAUCCCCAAGUGACUUCAUAGAUCAGAGCCACCCAGAGAAAUAAACUUAUACUUUUAUAGCUA